AUGCCUGGUGAACCCCAGCCAGCUCAAAAGCGCCCACGUCUCCCCUUCAAACCUCCCAGUCGCACGACUAGCGCGGGACCAUCAAGCUCCGCGCCAAAGCCCAAGGGAAAAGCGAAACAAACCAGCACAAAAGCCUCCGCAUCCACAACUGUGCCAAAAAUAACAAAAAGCAAACCCACGAAUCAAAGCAAGUCCACGGCCCAGAGCAAAUCCACAGGCCAAAACAAAUCCACAAGCAUUGGGAAACGCCCUCGACCCGAGUCUCCGGCAGCCGAUGUCAACGCCAACGCCGCCUCCGAAUCCGAAUCCGAGUCCGACUCCAAUGGAUCGAGCCGCAGCCGUUCACGAUCACUCUCUCAGGAGCCGGACUACAUUCUUGCUGAAAUUACAACUACACACCAACCAGAGGACGUGACGUCCAGCGACCCCAAAAUACCUCCGAAACUGCUUACGCGCCUGCUGCACCAGAAUUUCCAGAAUGAGAAGACUAAGGUUGCAAAAGAUGCCAAUAGCGUUAUUGCCAAGUAUGUUGAUGUUUUUGUGAGGGAAGCUAUCGCCCGAGCUGCUUAUGAGAGGGCCGAGUCCGAUGGAAAUACUGGGGGUAGAGGCCUUGGGGACGGCUUUCUUGAGGUUGAAGAUCUUGAGAAAAUGGCGCCGCAGCUUACGAUGGAUUUCUAG